ACUUAGCAAAAUUUCCGUUUCCGGUGAGUUUUAGAGCGGGAACUUUUACGUUAUUUUUUAGCCGAUAUGGAUAUUUCUCCCUACACUAAAGAUUUUUCUAAAAACUAUUUGAUCGAAGGAAAAAUUCCUGACAUUUGCAAAACGGAAAAAUGCAUUGCUGGUAUAGAUGAAGCUGGAAGAGGACCAGUUCUGGGUAUAUUGAGCGAUAAUUCGGUUUACAAUAAUUUUUACAUAUUGUAUAAUAAUAGGUCCUAUGGUUUAUGGUCUAUGUAUAUGCCCAGUCUCAAAGAAGGAAGACCUAAAGAAUAUGUCAUUUGCAGAUUCAAAAACAUUAAAUGAACAGCAAAGGGACGAUUUAAUGCAAGAGCUUAUGAAGGCGACUGAUUACGGAUAUUUAGUUCAUGCUUUAUCAUCUAGAUUUAUUUCUAAUUCAAUGCUGGGAAGAACAAAAUACAAUUUAAAUGCACUUUCUCAUGAUACAGCUAUUGGUUUAGUAGAGAGAGCUAUACAGAAUGGUGUUCAAAUUGAUGAACUAUACGUAGAUACGGUUGGAGAUCCCACAAAAUAUGAACAAAAACUAAAGAACAUUUGGCCAGAUAUCGAUAUAACAGUAUCGAAAAAAGCUGAUGCAAAAUAUCCUGUAGUCAGUGCGGCAAGUAUAUGUGCGAAAACCGUUCGGGAUGCAUUCAUUUUCGAGUGGAAGAAAUUGAAUAAUGCAGAAGCUGGAUCUGGUUACACGUCUGAUCCUCAUACUAAAACCUAUUUAGCUAAUAACUACGACGAGGUUUUCGGAUAUCCUACAUUUGUUCGGACAAGUUGGGCAACCUGUUCAAAGUUGAUGGAUGAAAAAUGUAUAACUGUAAGUUGGCCAGACGAAGAGGACAAUGCAAAACAAGGAAAAUCUUCGUUACAAAACUAUAUGAAAAAUACUCGGCAGCGUUAUAUGUAUUUUAAUGAACGGUGUUUAUCAAACGCUAAAAAUUUUUAGGCACAUUGUUUUUACGACUAUUCUUUUUAUAUUUUUUUAAACAAUAUCUUUAUUAUAAAUAAGAAUAAAAAGUAUUUGUUACUAUUACAGAUAUUAUCUUAUAAGUUUUGAGAUGAAG